ACAGUUUUGCUAUGACAGUUGUUGUAGUAGUUGCUGCUGCAGCUCACAUAUAAGUUGGGAGAUAACAGCAGCCGCACUGUUGAGUGGAUGGAUGGAAAGAUGGCUUCAUUAUUGUGAAUGGGACACAAUAUAAGGAGAAGGUAUGCUUACAGCAUAUUGUCCACAUGCAGAAUUAUCCACUAGGACUAGGCCAUGCUUGCUUUAUAGGACGGUUUCUGAAUGUUGCUUUGGGUCUGGUCCUCAAUACUAGUUUUGUUAGGGUUUAUGUGGAAAACGAGAAAGAGUAUCACCUGUAAGAUAUACCAGAUAUUUUAUUCCUGCGAAACAGUCAUGGAAGCAGAUAAAGAACAUCCCGAACAUUUACAACCAGCGAAUGGUCCAUCUGAGACAGAAGAAUGUCCAGAAAUACAUGUAGACACUAUUCCCUCCAGUCAAGUACAAGAUGGGGACUUGGCAUUACCACCAGUUAUUCCAUCUCCUGUAACACCAAAGCAGAAACAGCUGAAAUUUGCCCCCUCCCAAGGAAGUCUUGCAGAGCCUAGGAACACACAGAUAAGGAAGCCACCCCUCUCACGAUUUAUUUUGGGGUCUUCUGAGGACAACUCGGAUGAUGAUGAUUCUGCUGGUGGCUCUUUCAAAAGUCCUAGAAAAGGCAGCUUUUCCAGCAUUGGUUCCCAGACAUUCCUAUCAUCACUACCAGAAAUGGAGCCACUGAGUACAACCAUAAGGUCCAGCAUGUCUGGACUACACCUUGUGAAGAAGGGACGAGAACAGAAGAAGCUGGACCUCCACCGAGACUUCACUGUUGCUUCUCCAGCUGAGUUUGUGACACGAUUUGGCGGUAACCGCAUUAUCGAGAAGGUACUUAUUGCUAACAAUGGCAUUGCAGCUGUCAAGUGCAUGCGCUCUAUACGGAGGUGGUCUUAUGAGAUGUUCCGCAAUGAGCGAGCAAUACGCUUUGUUGUUAUGGUCACCCCAGAGGAUCUUAAAGCUAAUGCAGAGUACAUCAAGAUGGCUGAUCAUUAUGUUCCGGUCCCAGGAGGACCAAAUAAUAACAACUAUGCCAAUGUGGAGUUAAUUGUUGAUAUUGCCAAACGAAUUCCAGUUCAGGCUGUGUGGGCUGGAUGGGGCCAUGCCUCUGAAAAUCCCAAACUUCCAGACCUCCUACAGAAACAGAACAUUGCAUUCAUGGGGCCACCAAGUCAAGCAAUGUGGGCAUUGGGAGACAAAGUGGCCUCAACCAUCGUGGCUCAGACUGUAGGAAUCCCAACCUUGUCUUGGAGUGGAGAUGGUCUUCUUUUAGAAAGCAGCUCGGAGGACAAGCAGCAGCAAAGUGUUAUUUGUGUCCCUUCUGAAGUGUAUGAAAAAGGUUGUGUGAAAGACGUGGAUGAAGGAUUAGAGUCUGCAGAGAGAAUUGGGUAUCCAGUCAUGAUAAAAGCAUCUGAGGGUGGAGGUGGCAAAGGCAUUCGCAUGGCAGAGCGAGCAGAGGAUUUCCCCAAUCUUUACCGGCAGGUUCAGACAGAGGUCCCCGGAUCCCCCAUCUUUGUGAUGAAGCUAGCUCAGCACGCCAGGCAUUUGGAGGUGCAGAUAUUGGCAGACCAAUUCGGAAAUGCCGUGUCUCUCUUUGGACGUGACUGCUCCAUACAGAGACGGCAUCAGAAGAUCAUCGAGGAAGCUCCAGCGACAGUAGCUGCUCCAUCUGUGUUUGAAUACAUGGAGCAGUGUGCAGUCCGUCUGGCUAAGAUGGUGGGCUAUGUUAGUGCAGGCACUGUCGAAUAUCUUUACAGCGAGGAUGGGAGCUUCCAUUUCUUGGAACUGAACCCCCGACUUCAGGUGGAACAUCCCUGCACCGAAAUGAUUUGUGACGUCAAUCUUCCUGCUGCUCAGUUACAGAUCUCCAUGGGAGUGCCCCUAUUCAGGAUUAAAGACAUUAGAGUUCUGUAUGGUGAGACACCCUGGGGAGAUCUUCCCAUAAACUUUGAGAACCCCACAAAUGCACCAAACCCAAGAGGUCAUGUAAUUGCUGCCAGAAUAACCAGUGAAAACCCCGAUGAGGGGUUUAAGCCCAGCUCAGGGACAGUCCAGGAGCUUAACUUCCGGAGCAACAAGAAUGUGUGGGGAUACUUCAGCGUGGCUGCCGCUGGUGGCCUACAUGAGUUUGCGGACUCACAGUUUGGACAUUGCUUCUCCUGGGGAGAAAACCGUGAAGAGGCUAUCUCGAACAUGGUUGUGGCUCUUAAAGAGCUAUCUAUACGUGGAGAUUUCAGGACCACAGUGGAAUACCUCAUCAAAUUAUUGGAGACUGAGAGCUUCCAAAACAAUGAAAUCGACACUGGGUGGCUGGAUCACCUGAUUGCAGAGAAAGUCCAGGCUGAGAAACCAGAUGCUAUGCUUGGAGUGGUCUGUGGGGCUCUCAAUGUUGCAGACACGUUGUUUCAAACCUGCAUGAAUGAGUUCCUUCACUCACUGGAGAGAGGGCAAGUCCUUCCUGCAGCCACACUGUUAAAUAUUGUGGAUGUUGAGCUGAUCUCUGAGAGAGUAAAAUACAGACUAAAGGUCGCCCGGCAGUCUCUCACUACCUAUGUGAUUAUUUUGAAUAACUCUCACAUUGAAAUAGAUGUACAUCGUUUGAGCGAUGGUGGAUUGCUGCUGUCCUAUGAAGGAAAUAGUUAUACCACCUAUAUGAAAGAAGAAGUAGAUCGAUAUCGUGUAACAAUAGGUAACAAGACCUGUGUGUUUGAAAAGGAGAAAGACCCUACAGUACUGCGUUCCCCUUCAACUGGCAAACUACUUCAGUACACAGUAGACGAUGGCUCCCAUGUUAAUGCAGGAGAUUGCUUUGCAGAAAUAGAGGUAAUGAAGAUGGUCAUGACAUUACUGGUGCAGGAGCCUGGUCAUAUUCGUUAUGUGAAGCGUCCUGGCGUUGUUCUGGAAUCUGGAUGUGUGGUGGCUCGUAUUGACUUAGAUGACCCAUCUAAAGUUCAUCAGGCAGAACUGUACACUGGAGACCUCCUCCAACAGCAGACCCUGCCUAUCAUAGGAGAGAAGCUUCACCAGGUGUUCCACAGUGUGCUGGAAAAUCUCAUUAAUGUGAUGAAUGGAUACUGCUUGCCAGAGCCAUACUUCACUAUCAAGAUAAAAGAAUGGGUUCACACACUGAUGAAGACCCUGCGGGACCCCUCUCUUCCUCUAUUGGAGCUGCAGGAGAUCAUGACCAGUGUAUCCACUAGGAUUCCACCCACUGUAGAGAAAUCCAUAAGGAAAGUGAUGGCUCAGUAUGCCAGCAACAUCACCUCAGUCUUAUGCCAGUUCCCUAGCCAGCAGAUUGCCAAUAUCCUGGACAGUUAUGCAGCCACCUUGCAGAAAAAGGCAGACCGGGAGGUGUUUUUCAUGAACACUCAGAGUAUUGUGCAGCUUGUGCAGAGAUAUCGCAGUGGAAUUCGUGGAUACAUGAAGUCAGCAGUGCUGGAUUUGCUAAGAAGGUACCUACAGGUUGAAACUCAAUUCCAGCACUCCCACGAUGACAAGUGUGUGAUAAACUUACGGGAGCAAUACAAACCAGAUAUGACGCCUGUAUUAGAGUGCAUUUUCUCACACGCCCAGGUGGCGAAGAAGAAUGUCCUUGUCACCAUGUUAAUUGAUCAGCUUUGUGGUCGAGACCCAACUGUAACAGAUGAGCUAAUGAAUAUUCUUAAUGAACUGACUCAACUAAGCAAGACUGAGCAUUCAAAGGUUGCAUUGAGGGCUCGGCAGGUCUUGAUCGCCUCUCACCUUCCCUCUUAUGAGCUGAGGCACAAUCAAGUGGAAUCCAUUUUCCUUUCUGCCAUAGACUUGUAUGGACAUCAGUUCUGCCCAGAAAACCUAAAGAAACUCAUUCUGUCUGAGACCUCAAUCUUCGAUGUUCUACCAAAUUUUUUCUAUCAUAUCAACCAAGUGGUCCGAAUGGCUGCCUUGGAGGUAUAUGUGAGGAGGGGGUACAUUGCCUAUGAAUUAAACAGCUUGCAGCACCAUCAGCUUUUGGACGGCACAUGCGUAGUGGAAUUUCAGUUCAUGUUACCCACUUCUCAUCCAAACAGAGAGAUCAGCCCAACACUGAGCAGGAUGUCGAUGCCUAUCAGUGCCACACAUCUAGAGAUAAACCGUCAGAGCAGUGAACUCUUUAUGGACAGUGGUUUCUCUCCUCUGUGCCAGAGGAUGGGCGUUAUGGUGGCUUUUGACAUAUUUGAAGAUUUCACAAGGAACUUUGAUGAGGUCAUUUGCUGCUUUGCAGACCCUCCGCUAGAUAGCCCCUUGUUCAGUGAGGCCCGAUCUACAUUUUACGAUGAAGAAGACAAUAAGAACAUUCGGGAGGAGCCCAUCCACAUUUUGAACGUGGCUAUUAAGUCAGCAGACCGCAUAGAGGAUGAAGAACUAGUGGCAAUGUUUAGAACUUUCUCCCAGUCAAAGAAAAACAUUUUAGUGGAUUAUGGACUCCGAAGAAUUACUUUUCUAAUUACCCAACAGAGAGAGUUUCCGAAGUUCUUCACAUUUAGAGCAAGAGAUGAGUUUGCUGAGGAUAGAAUUUAUAGACAUCUGGAGCCAGCCCUGGCAUUUCAGCUGGAGCUUAAUAGAAUGCGUAACUUUGACCUGACUGCAGUCCCAUGUGCCAACCACAAGAUGCACCUCUAUCUUGGAGCAGCUAAAGUAGCAGCUGGUAUAGAGGUGACCGAUUACAGGUUCUUCGUUCGAGCCAUUAUUAGACAUUCUGACCUUGUCACAAAGGAAGCUUCGUUUGAGUACCUGCAGAAUGAAGGGGAGCGUCUUCUGUUAGAGGCUAUGGAUGAACUAGAAGUUGCCUUUAACAACACAAGUGUCCGCACCGACUGCAACCACAUCUUUCUCAACUUUGUCCCCACUGUCAUCAUGGACCCCUCUAAGAUUGAGGAGUCUGUCCGCUCUAUGGUCAUGAGAUAUGGCAGCCGCCUGUGGAAGCUACGUGUACUUCAAGCUGAAGUGAAGAUCAACAUCAGAUUAAAUCCAGUAGGCAAAGCCAUACCCAUUCGCCUGUUUCUGACCAAUGAGUCUGGUUACUAUUUAGAUAUCAGCCUUUAUAAAGAGGUGACAGACCCCAUCACUGGACAUAUCCUGUUUAAUUCAUAUGGUGAUAAGCACGGACACAUGCACGGAAUGCUGAUAAAUACUCCCUAUGUGACAAAAGAUCUGUUGCAGUCUAAGAGGUUCCAGGCUCAGUCCCUAGGAACCACCUAUGUGUAUGACUUCCCUGAAAUGUUUAGACAGGCUCUGUUUAAACUCUGGGGUUCAGGAGAACCUAACACCACAGAUAUUCUCACCUACACAGAGCUGGUCCUUGAUAGCCAGGGCCAGUUGGUUCAGCUGAACAGGUUGCCUGGUGGAAAUGAGGUUGGAAUGGUGGCUUUCAAGAUGAAGCUUAAAACUCCUGAGUACCCAAAAGGACGGGACAUAAUUGUAAUCUGCAAUGAUAUCACCUACAAGAUCGGCUCUUUUGGGCCAGAGGAAGAUUUGCUUUUUCUGCUAGCUUCAGAGCUUGCUAGGAAGGAAGGGAUCCCACGAAUUUAUAUUGCAGCUAACAGUGGGGCUCGAAUAGGACUGGCAGAGGAGCUUCGGCACAUGUUUCAGGUGGCAUGGAAUGACCCUUCUGAUCCUUACAAGGGUUUCAAGUAUUUGUACCUGACCCCUCAGGACUAUACACGGAUUAGCGCUAUGAAUUCUGUGCAUUGUGAGCAUGUUGAAGAGGAAGGUGAAUCAAGGUAUAUGCUGACUGACAUAAUUGGAAAGGAGGAAGGAAUCGGAGUGGAGAAUCUGAGAGGAUCCGGAACAAUAGCAGGAGAAUCAUCUCUGGCAUAUGAUGAGAUUGUUACCAUUAGCAUGGUAACUUGCCGUGCAAUUGGGAUAGGAGCCUACCUGGUGAGACUUGGACAACGUGUUAUCCAAGUGGAGAAUUCCCAUAUAAUCCUGACUGGUGCCAGUGCCCUGAACAAGGUCCUGGGCCGUGAAGUGUACACCUCAAAUAACCAGCUGGGAGGAGUACAAAUUAUGUGUAAUAACGGCGUGUCUCACACUAUGGUGCCAGAUGAUUUUGAGGGAGUGUAUACUAUUAUUCAGUGGCUCUCUUACAUGCCAAAGGAUAAACACAGUCCAGUUCCUGUCAUCACUUCAGUUGAUCCAAUUGACCGUCAGAUUGAAUUUAUGCCAACAAAGGCUCCAUAUGAUCCCCGUUGGAUGCUUGCUGGUAGAGCUCAUCCCACUGUAAAAGGGACAUGGCAGAGUGGAUUCUUUGACCAUGGAAGCUUCAUGGAGAUCAUGCAACGCUGGGCACAGACUGCUGUGGUUGGAAGGGCCAGAUUAGGAGGAAUACCUGUGGGAGUUAUCGCUGUUGAGACCCGGAGUUCAGAGAUGGUAGUGCCAGCUGAUCCAGCCAAUCCCGAGUCUGAAGCUAAGAUAAUCCAGCAGGCUGGUCAGGUUUGGUUCCCAGAUUCUUCAUUUAAAACUGCCCAGGCAAUAAAGGACUUUGGUCGUGAACGGCUUCCUCUAAUCAUCUUUGCAAAUUGGAGGGGAUUCUCUGGGGGUAUGAAGGACAUGUAUGAUCAAGUGCUGAAGUUUGGGGCAUACAUUGUGGACAGCCUCAGAGAGUUCAAGCAGCCUGUUUUGGUGUACAUCCCACCAUACGCGGAGCUAAGGGGAGGAUCUUGGGUUGUUAUUGAUCCUACAAUAAACCCUCUCUACAUGGAGCUCUAUGCAGACAAGGACAGCAGAGGUGGUGUGCUGGAAGCAGAGGGCACAGUUGAGAUCCGUUUUAGAAGAAAAGACCUUAUCAAGACCAUGAGGAGACUAGAUCCAGUGUAUUCCCAGAUUGUAGAACAGCUUGUCCCAGCCUCCUCUGCUGUCAACCCAUCAGGUACUCCAGAGCUGUCAGACUUGGAGCGCAAGAAUUUAGAAAAGAAGCUGAAGGCGAGAGAGGAGCAGCUUCUCCCAAUCUACCACCAAAUAGCAGUGAAAUUUGCAGAUCUGCAUGAUACCCCCGGGAGAAUGCAAGAGAAAGGCGUCAUCUCAGAUAUUUUGGAGUGGAAGGAAGCACGGACAUUCAUGUACUGGAGGCUGCGUCGCCUCCUACUGGAAGAAGUGGUGAAGAAGGAGAUCCUUAAUGCAAAUAGUGAGCUUAGUGACAUCCACAUCCAGUCCAUGCUUCGUCGAUGGUUUAUGGAAACAGAAGGAGCUGUCAAGACAUAUUUGUGGGACAAUAACCAAGUGGUAGUAGAAUGGUUGGAGAAGCACCUACAAGAGGAGGAUGGUACAAAAUCGGCAAUCCGGGAGAACAUAAAGUACCUAAAAAAAGACUUUGCCCUGAAACACAUACGGAGUCUGGUACUAGCCAACCCUGAUGUGACCAUGGAUUGUAUUGCCCACAUGACCCAGCAGAUCACACCUGCACAGCGAGCACAGCUUACGAGGCUCUUAUCAACUAUGGAGAACCCUCCUGCCAGCUGACACCGAAUCUGGCAGAAGUCCUCCUCUGAGAAUAGCAUGCAACCUUCAGCUGCCGCCCCCAGAUGGGGCUUCAAAAUUGAAGUUCUAGCAAACUGUGCCAAUAAGUGCCUUCUAUGACAGAUACAGCAGAACAGCGCUCAAUGAGGUAGAUGUAUUAAGCCUGGAAGUGGAAGGUGAUAAUGCACCAGCCUGUCAUUACGGAUUUGAAAAUUUACAGGAGCUGAUUGGCUGGUGCAUUAUUGCCUUCCGCUUAUCAGCGCUUUAUCACUUCUCCAGGCCCCAAUAUCUCUUAGAUGGCACAAAAUAUGAUUACUACCACUAUUGUAAAACUUGUCGCUAUUGUAAUCUGUUUUUUUUCAGCAUUUACCCACAUCAUAUGUUUUGUGGUUUUUUUUUAUUUUUUUAUUUUGUUUCACGAAAAACAAACUGAAGCCCAUUGUUCAGUAUAGCUGCUUUAUCCAACAUUGCACUUUUUCUCAUAAUAUACAGUAUGUGACCUUUGCUGAACCCCCAUAUCAAUUGUUCAAUCAUUUAGUAGGAGGUACUAAAAAUGAAAAAAAUAUAUAUAUUUUAUAUACGCACAACAGUAGUCAUUUAAUGGUGCUAGAGUAAUGUAUGGGGCUGAAAAAAAGAUGAAAAGAGCCAUACAGUACAUGUACAUCACAUUAAGAAUGGAUGUGGACAGUGGCAGAGAACAUAAUAAAUUGUGGCCAUGAAUUUCUGUGUUAGCAUUUAUAUCUCAGGAAUACGUUAUCAAUUUGUGAAUGUUAAUAACCUGUUUCCCCACCAGGAGGACUUGCCAACUAGAAUUAGAAAACAUUUGACUAUACUAAUUUUAUUGAAAUGUUUUACAAUUGGUCUGUUUUGCAUCUUGGUUAAUGGUGCCGCCUUGUUCUUCAUAAAUAUUACUAUUGAAGAAA